AUGGUCAGAAAUGUACCAAAGUGGGACCCAUCAUAUCCCCAAUUUAACAUCGAUGCCUGUAAAGGCCCAGAAGACCUAACGAAGCUCUAUGGCAAAACAUCAGCGGACUUUAGCCAGGCGGAGCUUAAAAAGUUGUUUAAGCACUAUGGAUGGGGUGUUAAGUAUUCGCUCCCGACUUUCGAGAAAGAACCAGUAUUCCGCCAUCUCGUUAAGAUCGUCCAUUAUAUGCGACCCGAUUUGAAGCCCAGCAAGGAGGAUUUUGAAAAAUGCAACUCAGAUGCUGGUCCAGGGCUUUUAUUACAAAAAUGCUCCGCGCUACCAUUUUCCCUUGACCAUCCCCCUCCGCCUCGAGAUCAACCGAUAGAUCAUUAUCUCGAACAGGCCAUAUACCAGUUUCCUUAUCGGGACCUUGAGCGAUGCCCAUCCGCCUUUCCAGUCUUGCGAAAUGUGGCCGAGAAUCGCCACGUUCAGCUUGCUGGACCAGGGGUCACAACAGACAAUCGCGAUUGCGGCCAAGGACCAACUGAAGAUGGAAGUCUUGGCAAUGCUCUUGACUGCGCGAUUGUGGCAGCAUACCUGCUUGAUGCUGGUUGCACAAAAGCUGACCGGGACAGUGUGAACUGGCAUUCGAUACUUGAAGACGAGGAGAAACAGUUGUUGGAGUUGGUUUGGAUGGAUUGGGGAUGUGACCUGGAUGACCUCAUCUUUAGACGACCGUCAACGCUGUCAUCAGAAGCUCGGUCCAAACAAGCAGCAAUACUCAGGCGCAAUCUUAUUGAAGGGCUUAAAAAGCGGAAGCCAGAGACGAAUUACAGUCCUAUUGAGCAGGUGUGGGAGUGCUGUACUAAAUCUUUUCACCAAUUUCUUGUUCGAUACAGCCAACAUCCUCUCCACAACGCUGGAUAUGCCUUUUUGAACGAUGAUAAACCAUCCUCCAGAGGGUGUAUUCCUCUUAGCGGCGAGAGCAGCGAUCCGUCGAAGAAUACCAUUCAGGAACAAAUGGCCUCGUUCUUUACGCAUCCUUACUCAAGCCCACUCAAGUGUGAAUGCCUGUUUGGCGGGGACCUUGCCAAUCAUCAAGUUGAACGGAGAUUUCAUGAACUGCCGCUCAGGUUGGCUUUUGUGACAGAUCGGGGGAGACCGCCUACUUCUCAUACCACCAGUGAUAUCGCCAUAAAAUAUUGCAACUGGGAGUGCAAAUGGAAACAAGCAACCUACCAAUGGUUAGGUGGAAUAUACCCAAUUAAAAGGGGCGAUUCUUACCGAUAUGUUCUCUUCUGGAAUCACUCCGAGCGACAUGGACCCAACAUGGGAGGCUUGCAGUACGAUCCGCAGGAGCGCUAUGGGAAAAUCAGAGAGGGAGUUGAAUUUACGUCGACGGACCCAUCAAAAUGGCAAAACAAGCAAUCCGCACUCCUGUUUUAUGAAAAGGUCCUCAGACCCGAACCAAAUUCUCUGAAAAAAGUCAUGCGUGCUGGGAAGAGUAUGGGACCCUUUCAUAGAGAUGCCAAUAUCAGCAAACCAGAUACAACUGCUAGUGUUAGCGUUCCCGCCCCAGGGCGCGAGCAAGGAAUUAGGUAUUUCGACGGUUAUCCCGAAGACACAAUAUCUCCCCAACCUGCAAUCCCAAUGACCAUGACCACUCCUCAACCGCCAUAUCAAACCCACAGAGGCCGUCUACAGAGCUCAAUAUCGAUACCCGCUAAAACGACAGAGGUCCCUCACUAUGGAAGCAUCAACCUACAAUAUGUCGAGGAUUCCGGGCAUUCCUAUCGGCCUUUCCAGACAGAACGGCAACCCUAUUCGCAUAUGAGCGCUCACUACCCUCGUCGACAUCAACAGCAACCAACACCGCCUCAACGAGUGCAGACAGGCCGGAGCCUCACGCCCGCGUUUCAAUCAUCACACCAGGGCGCUAUUUCCCAGAUUUUGGAUGAACGUGGAAACACCUCGCAAAAUGAGCACGAUCCACUGACGAGCCAUUUGGAGUAUAGCCUUCUGGACAGUAUGCAGAGCACACCCCAAAUUUCCAUGAGCCACACCCACAGCCAGGCGCUUGCUCCUGGCCCCCUAUUUCCUGAAGCAUCCUCCAUCGCUGAAACCAAUUAUGGGUUUAUGGUUAGCAUGGGUGACCCCCUAGAAUUCACGGGAGCAAUAGAUCAGCUGAGCCACAGUUCCCCGGCGUUGCCAAAUGUGACAAGCUCUCUGACCAGUGCUUCGUUUCCCUCGAUACUUGAAAAUUAUUACAUAUAUGAAGACUCACAGCCGCCUCCCCAGCAAAGCCACCCAUACGAGCACGGGCUAGGAGGUCUCAGCUCAAUCCUGUCACCGCAAAUCCCUCCCAUUUGGGAUCAUCAAUUAAUUCCUACUCAGGAACUACGACCACAAGGCGAACCCUUGAAACGAAAGCAGCCACCGGAGGAUGGGUCUGAAGCAUCUGCGCCGCCUGCGAAACGAUACAAAUGGUGA